AACAGUGAUCAAUCUCAUAACUCCUACAAGCAAUACAAAAUAGAUAGUUGGGCAAACACGGACCUCUGGACACACCAGAGGUGGGAUCAGGUGCCUAGGAGGAGUAAGCAUCCCCUGUUGACCGGUCACACCCGCCGUGAGCCAUAUGUGAUGUAUCAAGAGACGGUAGACACAGAGAGGUAUACCGAGGCUGUAGGGGGACAGUCCUGGUCUACAAAGUACAGACAUGCUGUGGCAUGGGAUAUCAAAUUAGACAACAUAAUAAUUUAUAUCAAUGAAUUAAUGACAGAGCAGAGUGUUUCUCUACAGAACGGUUUCCCUUUAUUGUUCAUUCCAACCCUAGUUGUGUUACACAUGCUGGAGUUCUUGUGUUACAGACAUAUUGACACAAUGAGAGCACAAACAGCUCUUAAUGAUCUACAGAACCUACUUCGCCAUGAUCAGGGGGUGUAUGUAGAUGUGUACUCAAGAGACAUAUCAUGGCAGAUCCUGGGUAUCUGUCAACAGAUCUCAGGGAACCUCCAGGCUGCUCUAUAUUCCUACCAACAAUCACUCGGACAAAAUCCACUCCAUAAAAUACAAAGUGCUACACUAAUGAGAAUACAUGAACUUGGAUAAGUACAAUAUUGCAUAUCUAAAUAGUUCAUACUACUUAAACUAAUGAAUUAUUUAUUGCCAACAACACUUCAUCGAAGAAUUAAGGAUUGAUUCUUCUGAUAUUUACUGGACGCAUGUAACAGAUAACAUAAAACAUGUUCAUAAUUUCUUGACUGGAAUUUGGAUGUCAUGAUUCUUAAUUUUGUGCUGUGGUCAGUUCAGUGUAACAUUUUGUGUGCCAUUAGAUCUUCAUUAAUUAUCUGCUAAUGUACUAUUGUUGCAAAGUCCUAAUUUACAGCAUAAACAAAAUGUAUAAGCAUAUUAAUUUCUGUCUUUUUACAAAACAUGAUAAGCACAGUUGGCAAAUUCAAUAGACAGUAAGAAUAUGUAAGAUAGAUCACCCUGAUAUUUAAAACGUAAAUGUGUUGGCACAGCAGGGUUUUACAUUUCUCAGAUAACCUUUCUACUAAAAUUGCAUUUUUGACUAAAGAAAGUAAAGUUGAAAGCUUCAAUUUCGAAAUGUACAUAUCUUCUAUUUUUCAUCCACAUCAAAUUUCUCUGACCAGUGUGUUAUUUCUAAUCAAUUAAGUUUUUUUUCCUCAUAGUUUUAAAAAUCUUGGGAGAUUAUGAUUUUCUUUCACUGGAGACAAAUAUAAGUCAUCACCAUAUAUUUUACUAUGCAUUAACCUUUCAAAUAUAAUUCCAUGUAUUUAAGUUUCCCAGACCUGUAUGCAGUUGUUAUACAUGUAUGUAUAAGUCAUUUCAUUGUAUGCUUUAAUCAUCUGCAGUGCAUUGUUACAUAUAAAUCAAAUGAAUCAGUUUGGAUGUUCACAUUUGUAUGACCAUAUGUUACGCUAGAAUACACAUCGUUAAAACUCUUUUGUACACAACAUGACCACAGUUUGGCGAAGUAACAUAAAUUAUUAUCAAUUAAUGUAAAUUAUUAAACAUUUUGAAAUCAGUACUCCUAUAUUUGCUUUACAUACAUGUGUAAUGCACAAGCUUUAUGUAAUGUGAUUAUCCAUAUCACAUUGCUUAUAGUGUAAAUUUUACCCAGUCAUCAUCUAUCAAAUUUACAUGUAGUAGGCAAGUUGAUAUUGGUUAUAAUUGUGGAAAGUGCUAAGUACAUGCUCGAAUUUGUUACUGCUCUAAAGUUCCUUAAAAUGGCUGAGAGAGAGAAUGAGAGAACAAAAGUAGUCAUUCAGGGGUAAAUUACAUUACCCUAAAUUUACGAUUGAAAUUCUUGAGAGUGACCCCUAAAAACGAAUAAGUGAAAACUUAUUGAAAGAUGAUGUCAAAAAUUGACAAUUGAAAGUUUUAAAUGCAUGUAAAUAGAGUUUUGGAAUGUGAACCAUGAAAAAAUAGAGAAGCACUACAUAUAUAUAAUUACAUUGUAUAUAUAUUGUGCUGAAAACAUGUUUGUGUUACAAGACGUUGCUUAAUUAAUAGAUUAGAUAUGUUAUUAUGUGAUAAGCUAGGUAUUUUAUGCCUUAUUAGCUAGGUCAUCGGUCCAUAUAUGAAAUAAAAAUAUCAGUUUGGAUUUUCACAUCGAACGUUCGUUAGAAUUCAUGCUUUAAAUCAGUACUAUACAUAGACAUGUACGAUUAUAUACUGUAUUUGUAGAUCCCUAGCUCUUCGUACUGCAGAAUUCUCCCAAUCAUAUCAAUCAAAUGUGCAUGUAAAGGUUAUUAAUAUUGGUUACGGAACAAUGAUUAUGAGGGGAAACGUAUAGACAUUCUGGAACAAAAUUCAUUUGUGUUAUAUGAUCUAGAUAAACAAUCGUCAUAUCUGU